ACAGUUAUUUUGGCUUCACUGUUGCACAUUGUAUGUCUGUCUCUUGUCCCAUAUUAUUAUCUAGAGUGAAAAAGUUUGUGGAAAUAAUGACAACACCCUCCCUGUUUCCACCAGAUAUCUACACAACGGUAAUGAUUCGCCUGGUGUUAGUGUGUGGCCUGUUGAGCAUAUUUGCCCAUCUGCAGGGAAACGAUCCCCCUGGAGGACUUGUCAGAUGUCCAAGUUUCAUGACCUGUUGUGAGCUUGCCAAUAAAGAAUAUGGCUGUUGCCCCUUCCCUAAGCUGGGCUGUAAAGACCUCGUGUGAUGUACCCAGCAGAUUUUGGAAGAAGGGCCGCUGCAGUUCUUCUGGAGAGUCCCAAUCCAGCCUGAGCUCAUCGAGUCCAAUGUGGAACUGCUGAAGGAAACGGUGCCCGAGGAGAGUAAUCAUCUGCGCGAAGUUAGGGGUGACAGCUGUCCAGAUGGCCAUCCUUGCCCAAGCAUCUAUACAUGUUGCAAGAUGUACAAAGGUGGAUAUGGCUGCUGCCCCUUCGAAAAUGCCCAGUGUUGCUCUGAUGGAUUCCACUGCUGCCCUGUUGGAAGCCAGUGCAAUGCCACCACGGGAGGAUGUGAUCAUAAAACCCACAAGUUCACCCUGGACCCUUACCCUCUCCCUGUUAAGAAGGCAACUGAGAAACCAAGAGCAGGACUUGUAUCACGGCCUCUUCGCAGUGGAAUCUCAGAUCCAGGUGGCAAGUGCCCUGACGGCCACCCUUGUCCUGAUAAGUUCACAUGUUGCAAAGUGCCUGACCAAGGCUAUGGGUGCUGCCCUUACUCAGAAGCUGUGUGCUGUACGGACUACAUUCACUGCUGUCCAAAGGGUACCAACUGCAAUACAACCCUUGGCACUUGUGAUGUGGAGAAGAGGGAGUCCCUUUCAGUACCAGCAUUCUCACUACUAACAAAACAACUGGCCCAUGUUCCUCAUAUUCCCAAGAAAGAGAAGGUGCAGAAAACAGCAUCAAAUGUCUCGUCUGUUGUGUGUCCUGAUGAGCGUUACUUGUGCCCUGAUGGAAACACCUGUUGCCAGCUACAGUCUGGAGCUUAUGGAUGCUGCCCUAUGGAUCAUGCAACAUGCUGCAGUGACCAUAUGAACUGCUGUCCCCAUGGUUAUAGAUGUGUUACUGGUGGUUGUGAGUUGAACCCAGACCAUGACGAUGCUCCCUUACUUCGGAAAGUCACCCCUGCUAAGAAGAAUACUAAGAAAGAACCACAGCAGACGGACGAAGAUUUACAAAUUGUAAUAUGCCCAGACAAGCUCUCAGUUUGCCCUGAUGAGAACACCUGUUGCGAUAUUGGCGGUGGCUUUUUUCAUUAUCUUUAUUACCAACAGGCAACAUGUUGUAACGACAAGGCUCACUGCUGCCCCCAUGGCUACCGCUGUUCUUCUGCAGGUUGUGAGAAAGCCUCGGGAGAUAGUCUGCAGCUGGUGCAUCUUCAUUUCACUAAUAUCUCGGAGACCAUAGGGGAAGUAAAGAGUUACAAAGAACCAGAGAAUGACGUGAUCUGCCCUAACAAGGAGUUCACCUGCCCCGAUGGAAAUACUUGCUGCAGUGUUGGUGGCGGAGAGUAUGGAUGCUGUCCAAUGCCUAAGGCAACUUGCUGCAGUGACCAGGAGCACUGUUGUCCUCAUGGCUACAUUUGCAAAGAUGGAGGGUGUGAGAGAAAACCAGGGUCACCUUUCACCCUACCAGCAUUCACCCCAAAGCAGUUUCUGACAAAAGAAAAAAAUGGAAAUGAGAGAGACUAUCCGCAAGUGAUGCUGUUGCCAUAGAAAAAAUGUUGCCUAUAAUUUUCCCCAGUUUUUCCUUACUGAGGUGAAGGAGUAGAUAAUUCUAUCAGAUUCUGUGACCAUUGUUCAGAAGAUACACACAAUGCUCAGUAAAUAUUCAAUGAUCAGUAUUCAUGAUAUUUAACUUCGUCACCAUUUUGUACUAUUCUUUUUCCUUUCUCGUCAUGGGCAUAAAAUUGUGUCGAGUACAUUUAUGAGUUUCCAUGAA